AUGGAACCAGAUUCGCCAAAUACUGCUGAUCUUCGAGCAAGCCCAAUUGACCCUAUGGAUACUGAGCACAUACCGUCCAUACUUGAGUUUGACUUAUCUCGAAUGAAGUGCGUUAAAGCAUCUGGCAAGGAUGAAGUUUACGUUGAGAUGCUUCAGGUGGGAGGACUCACAGUAGUCAAACAACUUGGUAACCUCUUUAAUAAAGUGUUGUCUGAGACCAUAAUACCCGAUACAUGGAAAAACGCCAUUGUCUCCACACCACUAUUGAAAAACUACAGACCCAUAAACCUUCUCUCCCAGAUCUAUAAGUUAUUCGCCAGAGUCGAGCAGGCUGGCUUCCAAACUGAUUACUCCACAACAGACCCUUUACUUACUGUCAAGGAAUUGAUGGAGAGAUGUAGCUUCGAUAAUGUGCCGCCACUCUGUUCCAUGACAAAAGCUAGAUGUCAUGCUCGAUGGAAAUUGCUAUGA